AUGUUUUUUUUGCCAAUAUUUGCAGGGAUUUAUGACUUGGUGCAUUGCCCUGAUGGAGCAGCAGCUGUUUUUCAGUCGCUAUCACUAGUGGAUUCUUUUUUAGGUGUUGCAGGUUUUCCUUUUGGUUUGGGAGCUUCAUCUUCACUUAUCAAGUACGAAAAAGUUUCUUUACUAUUUCUGCUCCAUGGUCAUGGUCAACCAGCAACAGGUUACAAUAACAUUUUGCAAUUGAUCAAUCCCAGCAAUCAGGGACUUACAACAUUUCUAAAACAAUGGGCUAGUAGUAACAACAAUUGGGAGAAUGUUUUGCGAGAAGCCCUGACUUUGAUUCAGAAUUUUGCGAUUUUGGAUAAACUUGGUUUUGAUUACCAAGAUGAAUGCUUGAGGUUUUUACCUAGACAAAGCGAUUGCUCAGUUUACAUCCAUCCUGUGAUUAAAAUUCUGUACCAUUUGUGUGAAGACUCCACAAAGGAAGUUGUUAAAUCGAUUGUGAAUGAAAUGCGUAAAGUUGCAACUUUGGUGGAUGACUUCAUAAUGCUUGAAUAUUUUGAAGUUAAUAUUUUGAAUUGGAUUCAAAAAGGCGUGAUAAAGGUUGGCGGCGACGACAAAGCAAAUGUUUCCACGUUAUUGAAGGUACUUAAAACAUUGGAGCUAGAAAAGUAUUAUGAUUUGUUGAAAAAUGCUGAAAGUCGUGUCAAUAUCAAUCAAAGUAAUUGCUUGUCCAAUGAUUUGAUAAAUACGUCUCAAUCCUUGAGUUCCUGCACAGUUGUGAAUCGUAGUUUAUCAGAUUAUUACAACAUGGAUAUAGACAAUAUGGGUGUAUGUUUAAUUAUAGAUGAAAAAGACUUUGCCCCAAGUAUUGUUACCGGAGCACCGACAUUAGAAACGAGGCACGGUACCGAGAUUGAUAGGCAAAAAGUAAGUGACAUGUUUUCAUCCUACGGUUACCGAAUUGUUGUAAAACACAACUUAAAAAGUUUUGAAAUACUAAACACUGUUGACAAGUACGCUAAUGAAUUGAAACCUUCCGACUGUUCCUUUGUUGUAUGCAUAUUAUCACACGGGCACAUAGGUGCUGUUUUCGGAACCGAUUGUCUUCCCGUCGACAUCAGCAAAAUAAACCAAAGAAUGAGAUCCAAACAAUUACUCAACAAACCCAGUAUACUACUUAUCCAAGCAUGCCAGACACCUGUCCAGUCUUCCUUUAUCAAGCAAGAACUGACUAUUGAUGGUCAUCAUAUGUUGCAAGAUGCUGCAAUGACAACGGCUUGCGAUUUUGUGAUCUUUAAUUCUACUGUGGAAGGGUAUGCCAGUAUAAGAGAUAAGAAGCAAGGUUCUUGGUUUAUACAAGAGGUUUGUGAUGUUCUGGAUAAGUAUGGAGAAGAAAAGGAGAUUACUGAACUUUUUAAGCAGAUUACCAGGAAUGUUGUGCAAAAAAUUUGGACGCACAAGAAUCAAGAUGGAUGUAUGGUGCCUAAAUUUUUCUAGCACUUUUAUUAAGAACUUUGUCUUUCCACGACGACGGGGGGAUAGAAGGACUAGCUGAUUUCUAAGAGAUAAGGUAAAAGAUUAGAGUUAUAUUAAUGAGUUGUAACGGGGCGUCCAUUAAUCACGUGAUAGAUUUUUUAAAGAUUUUUGGACCCCCGCCUCUCCCUUUGUGAUACAUUCAAAAUUAAACGCCCACCCUUCCCCAGCGAACAUCACGUGAAAUUCAAGUGAAAAUUUUGAUUUUUUUUUAACAUGUUUGGAUUUUUUCAAAAAAAUCAGUCAAAAAAUAAAUACACGU